UUGCACUUCUUGUUUUCUUGGUAUGGUUAACUGUAUUCGGAAGGAAGCAUGUCGCUGCUAGCUGCUAGAUCUAUCAUUCUUUCCCUACUCUCUAGUUGGGGUCUGCCAUGUGCCAACUCUUCCAAGCUCCGGCAGGGUCUUUCUUGAUAGGUCCUAGAAAUCUUCCAAAACUACCCUCAUUACAUCAUAUCAUAAGGUCGUACCUCAUUGAUGAAAUGUUAUAAAUACUUCCAAUGUUCCUCCUUUUUUCUAAUCCAUACAAUAAACACAUUCAAUCUCAAAGCUACUUCUCGCAUAAACAUUUUUAACAAAGCCAAUCAACUAUCACGAAAUAACUCAAACAUGUCUACAUACAACAACGGCGAUAGCUACAGCUCUACUGGUCGCCAAGGAGCUCCUUCCAGUGCCGAUGAUUCUUUCGCCAACACCACCGGUGGUUUUGGAAAUGGAAGUCGCGGCGACACUACUGAUACCAGAGAUCUUACCGGGACCGGUUCAACAUUCGAUGACCAGGAAUCUUCAGCAUAUGGAGGAUCCUCCACUCAAGAAAGCCGUGGUUUUAAUACCGGAAACUCUGUGAGUUACACUGCAGGUACAUUGUUUUUCUUAAAUAUAACUAACAGGAAGUAGGGAGGAUUGAAAGAUAAUGAGUUUGGCUCAAGCAACUCAAAGUAUGGAGGAGAUCUCGGUGACGAGCGUAAUAACUUUGGAACUGGUAGCAGUGACCGAAGCUAUGAGGGAAACACUGGCUCUGGAUUAGGCGGAGACACUUCCUCUGGCUUCGACAACACUUCGACCUCCCGUUCUGGCUACGGUGAUACCACUUCCUCUGGCUUCGACAACACCUCGACCUCCCGUUCUGGCUACGGUGAUACCACUUCAUCUGGGCUCGGAGAGUCAGGGACGGGUGGAGCUACUGGCUCCGGCUAUGGUGACAACACUUCUUCAGGCUAUGGUGACAAGACUUCUGGUUACAGAGACACAUCCAGCGGCAUUGGUGGAAACACCGACUCCUACGAGACCAACAAAGCCGGAUCUGGUAACACUUAUGGCUCAGAUGAUCAAUACUCCUCUGGUAACACUGGUUCGAGUGGCUAUGAUAACACCAGCUCUAAUAAUACUGGCAAGUCUGGUGAUUCUACCAUGGGCAAGGUGAUGGAAAAGGCAGGAAACAUGCUUCAUAAGGAGAGUUUGGUUCAGAAAGGCGCGGAGAAGCGUGCCGCUGCUGGGAAUGAUAAUUACUAAUUUACUGGGAAUUUUGGCGGUAGGAUGGAGCAAUUGAUGAUUGAUCCUUGAUAUUGUAUGAUAGUUUGCUUGUUGAUUGAGCAGAUAUGAUUUAAUGACUAUUCGAAUUAACACAUGACGUUACAUU